UUUACUCAUAUUUUGAUGUUAGGAUGGAUAGCUUGGAAAAAGUUGGAGGGUACGGCCUUUACUAUGAGGCAUCUAUGAAGGAUCAGGAAUGGAUGUAGACAAGGAACUAGGAAUGGAAAGUGUUAAAGCUGGAGCCUCUGGAAAACCAGAAAUGAGGCUGGGCACUCAGGAAGAAACAAGUGAAGGUGAUGCUAAUGAAAGUUCAUUACUAGUCCUGUCCAGCAACGUGCCUCUCCUGGCCCUAGAGUUCUUGGCCAUAGCACAGGCCAAAGAGAAGGUCUUUCUCCCCAUGGUCAGCUACACGUUCCACAUGCGCACAGAGGAGUCUGAUGCCCCACAGGAGGGCGAUGACCUACACAAGUCCUCAGCAAGCACCAGCCAUCCCAAGCAGGGUGACAGCCCCAAGUCCCCAGAAGAAACCAUCCAGCCCAAGGAGGGUGACAUCUGCAAGUCCCCAGAAGAAACCAUCCAAUCCAAGAAGGAGGACCUCCCCAAGUCCUCAGAAAAAGCCAUCCAGCCCAAAGAGGGUGACAUCCCCAAGUCCUCAGCAAAGCCCAUCCAGCCCAAGCUAGGCAAUAUUCCCAAGGCCUCAGUGAAGCCCAGCCAGCCCAAGGAGGGUGACAUCUCCAAGUCCCCAGAAGAAACCAUCCAAUCCAAGAAGGAGGACCUCCCCAAGUCCUCAGAAGAAGCCAUCCAGCCCAAGGAGGGUGACAUCCCCAAGUCCCCAGAAGAAGCCAUCCAGCCCAAGGAGGGUGACAUCCCCAAGUCGCUAGAGGAAGCCAUCCAGCCUAAGAAGGGUGACAUCCCCAAGUCCCCAGAAGAAGCCAUCCAGCCCAAGGAGGGUGACAUUCCCAAGUCUCCAAAAGAAGCCAUCCAGCCCAAGGAGGGUGACAUUCCCAAGUCUCCAAAAGAAGCCAUCCAGCCCAAGGAGGGUGACAUUCCCAAGUCCCUAGAGGAAGCCAUCCCACCCAAAGAGGUUGACAUCCCCAAGUCCCCAGAAGAAACCAUCCAGCCCAAGGAGGAUGACAGCCCCAAGUCCCUAGAAGAAGCCACCCCACCCAAGGAGGGUGACAUCCUAAAGCCUGAAGAAGAAACAACGGAGCUCCUGGAGGGGGACAAGGUGAAAGUGAUCCUGAGCAAGGAGGACUUUGAGGCAUCACUGAAGGAGGCCGGGGAGAGGCUGGUGGCUGUGGACUUCUCGGCCAUGUGGUGUGGGCCCUGCAGGACCAUCAGACCAUUCUUCCAUGCCCUGUCCGUGAAGCAUGAGGAUGUGGUGUUCCUGGAGGUGGACGCUGACAACUGUGAGGAGGUGGUGAGAGACUGCGCCAUCAUGUGUGUCCCAACCUUUCAGUUUUAUAAAAAAGAAGAAAAGGUGGAUGAGCUUUGCGGUGCCCUUAAGGAAAAACUUGAAGCAGUCAUUGCAGAAUUAAAGUAAACAUGUAUUCUGAAAACAUUGCAGACAGUCA